CACAUCUCCAUGCAGAAACAGAAACUUUUCUUCACACUACAACACACCAUAUUUCAUUUCAUAUCAUAGCAUAACAUAAGCAUAUCAUAUUUAUCAUAUAGUAUAUAAAUUAUAUACUAAAAUUAAAUUAAAUUUCAUAUCAACCACCACAAUGAGGAGCAUUAAGUUUUUCCAAGCAAUACUGAUAUUAACACUAUCACUCACCGCCACCGUCCACUCAUGUCCACCGUCAGACAGGGCGGCGCUACUAGCCUUCAAAGCCGCCCUCCACGAUCCCUACCUCGGCAUCUUCAACUCAUGGACCGGCACCGACUGUUGCCACAAAUGGUACGGCGUCAGCUGCGACCGAGGCUCCCGCCGCGUCGCGGACAUCAACCUCCGCGGCGAGUCCGAAGAUCCAAUCUUCGAAAAAGCUCACCGCACCGGCUACAUGACCGGCUACAUCUCACCAGCCAUCUGCAAACUCAACCGUCUCUCAAGCAUAACCGUCGCCGACUGGAAAAACAUCUCCGGCGAAAUCCCCCGCUGUAUAACCUCCCUCCCUUUCCUCCGCAUCAUUGACCUAAUAGGUAACCGUAUCUCCGGUCCUAUCCCCUACACCAUCGGAAAACUCCAGCGUCUCACCGUGUUAAACAUCGCCGACAAUUCAAUCUCCGGUAACCUCCCACCGUCUAUAUCCAAUCUCAAAAGCCUAAUGCACCUCGACAUCCGUAACAACCAGAUCACCGGGCCUAUCCCUAAAGACAUCGGCAGGCUUCCCAUGCUGAGCAGAGCUCUACUUAGCGGUAACAAAAUCAGCGGGCCCAUACCGGAAUCAAUCUCUCGAAUCUACCGUCUGGCAGAUCUAGAUCUAUCUCGAAACCAAGUUUCCGGGCCGAUACCGGAAUCAUUAGGUAAAAUGGCGGUUUUGUCCACGCUUAACUUAGAUAUGAACCAUAUCUCUGGACUUAUUCCAGUAAGUCUUUUUAGUUCAGGAAUAAGUGAUUUAAAUUUAAGUCGUAACAGUUUGGAAGGUAAUAUACCUGAUGUGUUUGGAGUGAGAUCUUAUUUUACGGUUUUGGAUUUGUCUUAUAAUAGACUUAAAGGGAGUAUUCCGAAAUCUAUGGCUUCUGCUUCUUAUAUUGGGCAUUUGGAUUUGAGUUAUAAUCACUUGUGUGGGAAGAUUCCUGAUGGAGUUCCGUUUGAUCAUUUGGAGGCUUCUUCUUUUGUUUACAAUGAUUGUCUUUGUGGGAAGCCACUUAAAGCUUGUGGUAAUUAAACAAAAUUAGUUUGUUAUUUUGUGGAAUUAUAUAUGUGAUUUGUAAUAGGAUGGAGAGUAUUGUGUUUAUUAGUAGUUAGUAGAUUUCUAUGUAUUUGUGUUUGUAACUUUGAUCAUUGCAUGGUAUAUUAUAUCAUUACAUUACGAUAUAAAUAUAAAUGGGUCAAUGCUAAAUAAUUAAGAUACGAGGUUGAUGUAUUUGUUCCCUGAUUUUGUAUCAAGAAAUGAGGAACAUUGUAAGCUUUUAUACUAAUGUGAUGAUAAACUCCAGCAUUAUUAGUUAUUCACCUGGAUUCUUCAA